CAUAACGAUACAGUCAGUGCACAGCUGAGACAGAUGCGAACAAGCCAGCUAGCUGUCAUAAAUUCGUGAAAAAUACACCGUUUCUGCAAGAAGACGGGGAGAUAGUUACGAACGAAUAAAUUAUCCAGCCAAUGGAGCAGAUACACGACUUGCCAUCAUCUAUUGUAUUCCUCCUGAAGCAUCGUUUUCUGUCUAAAUGUCAAUGUCAUUCUCGUCUCUAGCUAGCCAAAUAGCUAACUAACGUUAGCUAGCUAAGGCCAGGGGAAGCUGGUGUCGACUAUACGUCCAAACAGUUGCCCAGCAGUGGGAGGAGAGGUGUGGGUUGACUCCCUUCACUGGUGGCUGUGGCGUGUCACCACCACCAGAGUGCCAUGACUACAUCAAGUUGCUGCCACCUGCCUGGCUCCCUGUGUGACUACUCAGGCAGCGCCGCCGACCUGCCCAAGGAGGUAGAGGAGCCAGAAUCCGGCCAGGCCCAGUACGUUGCCAAGGUUAUGGCCAAAGAUGGCCGCCCACUCUCCUCUGUUGUCAAAGCUAUGGGCUCACAGAGUAAUGAAGGCAUGUGUCGAAUCUGCCACGAGGGGGCCGGUGGUGAGACGCUGCUCUCCCCUUGCAGCUGCACAGGGACCCUGGGUAAGGUGCACAAGAGCUGCCUGGAGAAGUGGCUGUCCUCCUCCAACACCAGCUACUGUGAGCUCUGCCACACCGAGUUCACAGUCGAACGGCGGCCCCAGCCACUCACAAAGUGGUUGCGGGACCCAGGCCCUCGCAGUGAGAAGCGCACGCUACUAUGCGACAUGGCCUGCUUCAUGCUCAUCACGCCCCUGGCGGCCAUCUCUGGCUGGCUGUGUCUGAGGGGAGCCCAGGACCACCUGACCCUCAACAGCCGGCUGGAGGCUGUGGGCCUCAUUGCCCUCACCAUUGCUCUCUUCACCAUCUACGUCCUCUGGACACUGGUAUCGUUCCGCUAUCACUGUCAGUUAUACUCGGAGUGGAGGAGGACCAAUCAGAAAGUACGCCUGCUCAUGCCUGACAUGAAAGGAGCGCACUCUACACAACAUUCCGUCCCGACCAAGUCGACCAAGAAAAUGACUGACGAGACCAUCGUAUGAGCGCCGUGGUCUCGCUAUAAAAGUGUAAUAUAUCUUGAACUUCUGCACUUGUGGACCAUUCUGGGGAUUCUUUCUCCAUACUCACUAUUAUUUGAAGCACUUGAGCCCAGAUAUGAACUAUAACCAGUGAUUUUGGGAUGUUUUGGACUCGUGGAAUGAAGUGUCACUCAUCGCUGGAUUAUGAACACUGGCCUGGAAAAUCAGGACACAGCUAAUGUAGCAGGAUAUAACUGACACAGCAUGUUAAUACAGUAUAUCUGAAACAUACUACCCCCCUCUCCUUCACAAAGUAUUUAGCUGUUUUUGGAAAACUGGCAUCCAAUAGCCCGUGAAUUUACUCUCACAGAACAAUGACCAUGUGAACGACCAAGUCUAAAUAUUAUGAUGUUUUCUGUUGUUACAUCUUUGCCUUUUUGAAGCUGGUAGAAGUGGGAGAGAGAAAAGCAGUGGGCUUUGGAGUGUCAGUCAAUGUAUGCAGGGUAUGCUAAAUUAUUUUAUGUUGCACUCUCUUGAAUAAGCUGGGUGAUUGUGCAAUAAAACAUAAGGGACUCUUGGUCUUUGCAGUCGGCACA